AUGUGCGAUGCAGCAUGUGGCGCGUCGGAUAGUCAUGGAACUGUGGUUGUGGCGCUGUCAGACUCGCUUUCGACAAACGCGGUGAACCGAGGCCUCUCGGACUUGCACACUCCCACAUGGCUCGCCCUUGUCAGCACAAAUGUAAUUCUGCGGACGGUGCUAUUUCACCCGCUUAACGUCGCCAUUGCCCGUAAACGCGUGACACACGAGGACCGACCGCCGUCGGUGUCUGCACUCAUGAGCCAGGCGUACCGCGGUGAGGUAGGGCCAAAGGGCGUGCCGUCAAGAGGUGGCGUACGUGGCAUCUAUCGGGGUUUUGGCGCAGCCACGGUGGGGAACCUCAUCGGUGAAGUUGUCUACCUCCUCACCAUGGAGUCUGUGAAGGAGGAGCUGGAGGGCGGGUCUCCUGCUCUGGGCAAAGACUUAGGAAAGGGGCACGAAUUCAACGCCAAUAGUCACGCUGCAGCUGUGGGUGGCAUGGCAGGUGACGCGGCUGCUCUUCUUCUCAUCACACCGUUUGCUGUUGUGUGCAACCGUCAAAUGACAGCUGGCUACGGCAUGACCGCCUCUAACGUAUACAGAUCUGCGUGGGCAACAGCGCGGGAGGUGUGUGGCUUCUACCAGCAACCAGGUGGAUCGUUUACCCGACGCGUGUGGGGUGGCCUACGUGGUCUGUACGCGGGUUUGUCCCCAGGCAUUGUGUUACUACCCGCGAGUGGGAUGUGGUGGGCCCUCUACAGCGAAACCAAGUCGGUUCUGUACAGACUUACAGAUCCCAUCUUGUCGCGGUGGGAGCUUGAACGCAGGAAAAGCGAUUCUCAGCAGAAGCAGCAGCCACUCUGGAAGCAGAACUGGUUACUUUCUCCAACUGACAAUCCUGUACUUAACGCCAUGGCAGGGACGGUUGCUAGUGCUGCAACGACGGUGGUGUUUAAUCCCAUUGACGUUCUCCACACGCGUUUGCAGGCUCUGCCUCCUGGGAUAUUUAGCACCACGAAGAGCGUGCCAUUCGCCCGUGUACGACAUAUCGUCAAUGAUCUCAUUCAUACUGAGGGUUGGCGAGGUUUUUUCAAGGGUACAACUGCGAAUACAUGCGUUGCGGUUAUGAAUGGCGUCGUAUUUUCCUUGUUAUUCGAACUUACAAAACUGGGCAGUGAUCGGGAUUUCCUGCGCCAGCUGUGA